AACAGCUCAAAUUGAUGAAUCUGAAACUUGUGCUUUCUUCUUUCUGAGGAGCUCUGAGAUCUGUGUGUGCACUGCAUAUAUCUACAUGAAGUACAUGAGACAUCAUUCUACUUCCAUGGAUCAUUAUAAAAACUGGAGAUGAAUGUUAAUUGCUCUCUGUGGCAGGAGAACACCUUCUCUGUCAAACGCUUUGCAUUUGCCAAGUUCUCUGAGGACCCCAGAGAAUGCUUCCUCCUGUUCACCCUCGUCCUCUUCAUGUUCCUGGCAUCACUGACAGGCAACGCACUCAUAGCCCUUGCCAUUUGCACCAGUCCAGCCCUACACACCCCCAUGUACUUUUUUCUGGCCAACUUGUCUCUCCUGGAGAUUGGAUACACAUGCUCUGUAAUACCCAAGAUGCUGCAGAGCCUUAUGACUGAGGCACGAGGGAUCUCUCGACAGGGUUGCACCACACAGAUGUUUUUCUUUAUAUUCUUUGGAAUAACUGAGUGUUGCCUAUUGGCAGCCAUGGCCUUUGACCGCUACAUGGCCAUAUGCUCCCCUCUCCAUUAUGCAACCCGAAUGAGUCGUGGGGUAUGUGCCCAUUUGGCAAUGGUUUCAUGGGGAAUGGGAUGCAUAGUAGGGUUGGGACAGACCAAUUUUAUUUUUUCUUUGGACUUCUGUGGACCCUGUGAGAUAGACCACUUCUUCUGUGACCUUCCACCUCUCCUGACACUUGCCUGUGGAGAUACAUCCCAUAAUGAGGCUGCAGUCUUUGUGGCAGCAGUCCUCUGCAUAUUCAGUCCCUUUUUACUGAUCAUUUCUUCCUAUGUCAGAAUUCUGAUUGUAGUGCUGGUGAUGCCUUCCCCUGAGGGACGCCAUAAAGCUCUCUCCACCUGUUCUUCCCACCUACUUGUAGUCACACUCUUCUAUGGCUCAACAUCUGCCACUUACUUGAGGCCCAAGGGUAGCCACUCACCAGGAACAGAUAAACUCUUGGCCCUCUUCUAUACAGUGGUGACAUCCACUCUGAACCCCAUUAUCUAUAGUUUACGGAACAAGGAAGUCAAAGCAGCACUGAGGAGAACUCUGGGCCUGAGAAAAUCCUGACAAUGAAUAAGUAAGCAAACAAAUAUUGAUGUGUUCUUUCUGGCUGUCUUAGAAGAAUCUUUACUAACCAUCAUUUUGUUUUAGUGUACUCUCUUACUCGGCACUAUUUUUAAUUGAAAAUAAUGGGAAAAUGUCUGCUAAUAAAGAAUUUU